UACCUCCAGACUAUCACGGUCGUGGUGCCAUCGUGAAAGGUUUUAAUUAAUUUUCGGCAUUUUACUUCAAUACCGAAUGCAUUCGUCAUUGUUCGUUUAUGGCGUCAGGCGUUCCUGUUUCCUAACAUGUCCGAGUUAAAUAUUUAAAUUGCCAUUUCCUCUAGUCAAAAUGUAAUGUAUCAUUAGUUGUAAAACGCCCGCUGUAGUCUAAAAGUCAUCACUGUAGAGUGGAUAUAUUCCGCGACUGUGAAUCUUUCGAUUUAAAAUGAAUCUUUCAGCUUUACUCAAAAUGCCAGGCCCCAAUAUCCGAGUCUAUAUUUGCUCGAUUAUUUUCCUAAUGUUUACUACGGGAGUGAUCAAACAAUUAACCGAUGAAACCGGCCACAAGUGCGAGAUGACCUUUAUGUUUGAAUAUCCUCAUUUUUUGAAGAUACCAGUGUCUACGAAACAGAGCAGAUAUAACUUGUACGCUUACUUGGAAGGCCAAAUUUCUGAGACGUCUAAAUCUAUGAAGUUUUACGGCAUACCGGUUAUUUUUAUUCCAGGUCAUAGCGGUUCAUACAAACAAGUUCGAUCAAUCGCUUCGGUUAGUCUUCGAAAAAUGCACCAUAUACAAUCAAACAUAAAAUUUGAUUUCUUCACUGUCGAUUUGAAUGAGGAAUAUUCAGCCAUAUUCGGCGGCGUGCUGAUCAAGCAAACUGAUUUUGUGUCAGUGUGCAUUCAACGAAUAAUACAACUGUAUGAAAAGGAUUUCGUUCCUACUUCCAUGAUACUUAUUGGCCAUUCCAUGGGCGGAAUUAUCGCAAAAGGUUUAUUUAUCGAACCGAAAUUUGAUCCCAGUUUAAUCAAGCUUAUUAUUACGUUAGCUACUCCUCACAGGCCUCUUAUUUUGACUGACUUGUACAUGGAUGAAUAUUAUAGAAAAGUGAAUGCUAUUUGGGGAAAUGGGUUUGACAAGCCAAGGAGUUCGUAUUUAUCAAAUAUUAGCCUAUUGUCCAUCGGAGGUGGCCAUAAGGACUUGAUGGUAUGGCCAAGCCUUACUUAUACGCCACACGCUGACAUCAACACAUUGAGUUCGGUCGUACCCGGUGUUUGGACUUCUACUGAUCAUCAAUGUAUUUUAUGGUGUAAAUCGUUGGUCAAAGUUAUAGUGAGAAUUCUAUUUGAUUCGGCCGAUACCGAGUCUGAAGACUCGCCUUACGAGUGGAUAAAUAAAGUUUCUUCUUACCAUUUGGCUAAUAGAAGCAAUGGAAAAUGGUUUCACAACAAUUUGCAUCCAAAGAAUGUACAGCUGGUUAAAGAGCCAAAUACAUUAGAAUGGAAUGAGACUUACAGAGCUCAACGAUUCAUCAAAUUGGAAUCGGGAACACCAAAACCGGUUGUUUUUUCCAUGCCGAUAAGAACUCAGAACUAUGACUAUGAGGUGAUGGCUGAAGCUAUAAAUAUGGACAAUCAGGAUUGGGUAUUUUCUUGCAAAUCUGAUGAUGAUCCGAAGAAGUCUUGCAAAAUGGGUAAAAAUUGGUCUGCAAACAGCACUAUAUCGGUUUCAAAACGUUUGAAAAGACGUCACGUUACAUUAAAAUGUUCGCACUUGCAUGCCAUGGGUCAUACCGAUGUAGUAUUCAAAAUAAAAAGUACUAAAGAAGAGACUGGUCUGAUGGUCGACAUGUAUAGGACUGGCGACAGAACGAAUGAUUUAUCGUGGAGUUUUUGGUUUGGUAUUUUUAAGAGAAUAUUGUUGUGGGAAAUAACUUUUUAUCGAACAAUGCAAUACAAGACAAUUAUACGAGAUUGGCCCAAAAACAUUUGUCGUGAUUGUGUAUAUAACGUUUACAUGAAUCCGAUUAACUGUACAGAAUUUAAACAUCACGCCGUUUCCAAAUUUAUCGUGCCGUGGACUCAAGGAAUACUCUAUGGGUAUUCUAGUGACCAAUCUAUACAGCCAUUAAGAUUGACUUUGGAUAGUAUUCCUCCAUCAAAAAUAACUGAAGAUCCUUACUUGCAAUUUAUAUUGGACCCAAACUGCCUUUAUCAAAUUGAGUUGAAAAUGUCUAUUUUGGAUACACUUGGAACCAUAGGCCUUAAAUAUGGCCUAGCAUUUCCAUCAUAUAUCGGAAGUAUAAUAUUGUUUGUAUUGUCGCACCAGCUCGAUCAGUUGGCCAAAUCUAAGCCAAAGGAAUGCUCAUCAUUUCAUAACUCAAUUCCUUCGACAUUUAAAAUUAUCAAAACUUUAGUUUUUUCCAAUCUAUUAAUUAUCUAUUUACCCACACUUGGAUAUUACAAAAAUAUGCACACACCUAUUGGCGGCAUCGAUUGGUUAGGAGAUCCUUUGAAAACAGUGAUAUUCACUUUAUUAAUGUACUGUAUCACCAUCUCGUUUUUGAUCAUUGUGUCCUUUGUACUGUGGUAUAUGAUGCUGUUUUGGGGGAAAAUCUUGAACAUAAUUGGGAUCAAGAUUUUAAUGAAAGCGUUGAAAUCAUCGGAAAAUUCAUAUGAUUGGUUACUUUGGACAGUUAAAAAUUCACCGAUAAUCGUUCCGUUAUUGAAUCUAUUUUUGACCAUUUUUUUUUGUGGAGGUGCCGGACUUAUAGUUUCAGUGAUUUACUAUUAUUUUUGGCUUUGCGCAAAGGUACGAAAAUGUGUAGUUGACCAAUUAGUAUACUGUCCGCUGUUUUUAUUGAAAGACUAUUUCAUAAAAGGCGUAAAAUCAGACUUGGACAAUAAGCUAAAAUCCCUUCAUCUUCAUUUUUCAAUGUUUUUGUUGAUGCUUUCCAUCACCGGUUGUUAUCUGACCUGCAGUAUUGAGUGGGCCAGGAAUUUCAUGCAAAGCUUCAAGUUGGAUGCAGAUCCAUCGAUGCUUGUUUCGAUAGGCAUAAAUUUAUGUACUAUUGUUCUUUGGAAGGUUGACUUUCCAAAUCAAAAUACAAAAUGUUACUCCAGAAUGAGUUGUACAUGUUUGUGUUUCUCCAGUUAUCUCUUGGUGUUUGGUCCAACAUCAUUGUUUCGUGUUAAUCCAGUUUUGGCCAUUGCAUUUGGAUUUGUCGCUUUACACCACUCUCCUGGUAGCAUGAUCGGCACCGAUUCUCUAUUAAAUGAGGGUGAUGAUGAUAUUGAAGAAACUGGCGAUUUAGAAAAACAAGAUUAAAUAAUAUCACCUUACAAAUAAUAAUCUUAUUUGAUUUCCAUUAGUGUUCAUUAGCGAAAACUAUAUAUACUGCUUUAUUUUAAAUUUUAAAUAGUAACAAAGUAGGUAUCAAAAAAAAAAAAAAAAAAUACAUUCGUAUUAUCAAUUUAGUAUUAGUCAUUUUAAAAUUAACUCAGUAACAUUUAUUUAUUAUGGUUUCGUUCUUACAAGAGACUGAUUUUAUUUCCAUGACAUUUAUGUUUUUUUCUUUCUAAUUUGCAUUUAUUUUUUAUUUUUACAUUUUAACUUCUGGAGUAUUUUGCCAUUAUGAUUAGUUUUUAAGUAUUUUAUUUAUUUAUUCUAGUCAUUAUUGUGUGUUUAUUGUCUCUCCUUUUAAUUGAUAAUUGUAACUUUUUUGUUUAACUAUAUUCUAGUCAAUAUUAAA